AUGGACGCCCCCGACGCGCCCGGUGACCGCUCGGGGGGAGGGAGUCGGGCGCCGCCUCCAGAGCGCACGCAGCUCCCGGAGCUCAUCCGACGCAAGCGGGACGGAGGGCGCCUGAGCGAGGGCCACAUCCGGGCCUUCGUGCGCGCCGUGGUGGACGGGAGCGCCCAAGGCGCGCAGAUCGGGGCCAUGCUCAUGGCUGUGCGGCUGCGGGGCAUGGACCUGGAAGAGACAGCGGCGCUCACCCGGGCCCUGGCCGCGUCUGGGCAGCAGCUGGAGUGGCCCGAGGCGUGGCGCCCGCAGCUCGUGGACAAACACUCCACGGGGGGAGUGGGCGACAAGGUCAGCCUGGUCCUGGCACCUGCUCUGGCUGCCUGCGGCUGCAAGGUACCCAUGAUCAGUGGACGAGGCCUGGGGCACACAGGGGGCACCUUGGAUAAACUGGAGUCUAUUCCUGGAUUCACUGUCAUCCAGAGCCCAGAGCAGAUGCGGGGGCUCCUGGAGCACGUGGGCUGCUGCAUUGUGGGCCAGAGCCAGAGGCUGGUCCCUGCGGACGGGGUCCUGUACGCAGCCCGGGACGUGACGGCCACUGUCGACAGCCUGCCCCUCAUCACAGCCUCCAUCCUCAGCAAGAAGGCGGUGGAGGGACUGUCAGCGCUGGUGGUGGACGUGAAGUUCGGAGAGGCUGCGAUUUUCCCGAGCCGGGCCCAGGCCCGGGAGCUGGCAGAAGCGCUGGUGGGCGUGGGGGCGGGCCUGGGGCUGCGAGUGGCAGCAGCUCUGACGGCCAUGGACAAGCCCCUGGGCCGCAGCGUGGGCCACUCCCUGGAGGUGGAAGAGGCCCUGCUCUGCCUGGACGGCGCCGGGCCGCCCGACCUGCGCGACCUGGUCACUAGGCUCGGGGGCGCCCUGCUCUGGCUCAGCGGGAUGGCGGAGGCCCAGGCGGACGGCGCCGCCCGCGUGGCCGCGGCGCUGGACGAUGGCUCGGCCCGGAGCCGCUUCCAAAGGAUGCUCGCGGCGCAGGGCGUGGACCCGGAGCUGGCCCGAGCCCUGUGCGCCGGGACCCCCGCCCAGCGCGGGGAGCUGCUGCCCCGCGCCCGCGAGCGGGAGGAGCUGCGCGCGCCUGCGGACGGCACCGUGGAGCAGGUCCGCGCGCUGCCGCUGGCGCGGGUGCUGCACGAGCUGGGCGCCGGGCGCAGCCGCGCAGGGGAGCCGCUGCGGCCGGGGGUGGGCGCCGAGCUGCUGGUCGACGUGGGCCAGAGGCUGCGCCGCGGGACGCCCUGGCUCCGCGUGCACCGGGACGCGCCCACGCUCAGCGACCCGCAGCGCCGCGCCCUGCAGGGGGCGCUCGUGCUGUCGGACCGCGCGCCCUUCGCCGCCCCCUCGCCCUUCGCCGAGCUCGUCCUGCCGCCGCCCGCGCGCGCGCCCCCCGACACGCGGCAAUAA